UUCCCACCUGCAGGCAGACCUGGCAAACCUGUACCUGAAGGCUGGGCUGAAGAGCGUGGGCUCCGUGUUCCUGCUGAGCGACGUGCAGCUGGCGGACGAGCAGUUCCUGGUGCUGGUGAACGACUUCUUGGCAUCAGGGGAAAUCCCGGAUCUCUUCCCUGAUGAUGAAGUGGAAAACAUCAUCAGCAGUGUGAGGAAUGAAGUCAGAGGCCGGGGCCUGCUGGAUUCCAGGGAGAAUUGCUGGAGGUUUUUCAUUGAGCGAGUUCGCCGGCAGCUCAAGGUCGCGCUGUGUCUGUCCCCCGUGGGCCCCAAGCUGCGGCUCCGCAGCCGCCGCUUCCCGGCCCUGGUCAGCUGCACCACCAUCGACUGCUUCCAGCCGUGGCCCCGGGAGGCCCUGGAGUCCGUCAGCCUCCGCUUCCUGCGGGACAUGGACACCCUGCAGGAUUCAGUCAAGGAUUCAAUAAGCAAAUUCAUGGCCCACGUCCACAUCAGUGUCAACGAGAUGUCCCGGCUGUACCUCAGCAAUGAGCGCCGCUACAACUACACCACCCCCAAAUCCUUCCUGGAGCAAAUCAAACUCUACCAAAACCUGCUGCUGAAAAAGGACAGGGAUUUAAAGGUGAAAAUGGAGCGGCUGGAGAAUGGCCUGGAGAAGCUCAAGAGCACUUCUGCACAGGUGGAUGAGCUGAAGGCCAAGCUGGCAGCCCAAGAGGUGGAGCUGAAGCAGAAGAAUGAGGAUGCUGACAAGCUGAUCCAGGUGGUGGGGGUGGAGACAGAGAAGGUGAGCAGGAAGAAGGCGGUGGCUGAUGAGGAGGAGAAGAAGGUGGCCCUCAUCACCCAGGAGGUCGAGCAGAAGCAGAAGGACUGUGAGGAGGACCUGGCCAAGGCUGAGCCUGCCCUGGCAGCUGCCCAGGCUGCUCUCAACACCCUCAACAAGACCAAUCUGACGGAGCUGAGGUCCUUUGGGUCACCUCCUUCUGCUGUCAGCAACGUCACCGCGGCCGUGAUGGUGCUGACGGCCCCGGGAGGGAAGAUCCCCAAGGACAGGAGCUGGAAAGCAGCCAAAGUGGCCAUGGCAAGGGUAGAUGGCUUCCUGGACUCCUUGAUCAAAUUCAACAAGGAGAACAUCCACGAGAACUGCCUCAAAGCCCUCCAGCCCUAUUUGCAAGACCCCAAGUUCAACCCUGAGUUUGUGGCCACCAAGUCCUCGGCGGCGGCCGGGCUGUGCUCGUGGGUGCUGAACAUCGUGCGCUUCCACCACGUGUUCUGCGAGGUGCAGCCCAAGAGGCAGGCCCUGGACAGGGCCAAUGCUGAGCUGGCAGCGGCCCAGGACAAGCUGGCCACUGUCAAGGCCAAAAUUGCCCGCCUCAACGAGAACCUGGGCAAGCUCACGGCCAGGUUUGAGAAGGCCACGUCAGACAAACUGCAGUGCCAGCAGGAGGCUGCAGCCACAGCCUGCACCAUCACCCUCGCCAACCGCCUGGUUGGGGGCCUUGCCUCUGAAAACGUGAGAUGGGCUGAGGCCGUGAAGGACUUCAAACAGCAGCAGAGCACCUUGUGUGGAGAUGUCCUGCUGAUCACAGCCUUCAUCUCCUACCUGGGCUACUUCACCAGGAAAUACCGCCAGGACCUCCUGGAUGGCAUCUGGAGGCCCUAUUUGCACCAGCUAGAAGUGCCAAUCCCCGUGACUCCGUGCCUGGAGCCGCUGUCCAUGCUGGCGGACGACGCGGCCGUGGCGGCGUGGCGGAACCAGGGCCUGCCGGCCGACCGCACGUCCACCGAGAACGCCACCAUCCUGAGCAGCUGUGAGCGCUGGCCCCUCAUGGUGGACCCCCAGCUGCAGGGCAGCAAAUGGAUCAAAAGCAGCCACGGAGAAGCGCUGAGGGUGAUCCGGGUGGGGCAGAAGGGGUAUCUGGACACUCUGGAACAAGCCCUGGCUGCUGGAGACCUGGUUUUGAUUGAGAACCUGGAGGAAUCCGUGGAUCCAGUGCUGGGGCCGUUACUGGGGCGAGAAACAAUCAAGAAAGGCAGGUACAUCAGGAUUGGGGACAAGGAGUGUGCCUUGCACCCUGCCUUCCGUCUGAUUCUGCACACCAAGCUGGCAAACCCCCACUUCCAGCCCGAGCUGCAGGCCCAGUGCACCCUCAUCAACUUCUCUGUCACCCGCCACGGCCUCGAGGAGCAGCUGCUGGCGGCCGUGGUGCGCAUGGAGAGGCCUGACCUGGAGGAGCUGAAGUCAGAUCUCACAAAGCAGCAGAAUGGAUUCAAGAUCACCUUGAAAACGUUAGAGGACAACUUGCUCUCUCGGCUCUCAUCAGCAUCUGGGAAUUUCCUGGGAGACACAGAGCUGGUGGAGAACCUGGAGACCACUAAAAGGACAGCUGCAGAGAUUGUGGAGAAGGUGCAGCAGUUCAGGGUGACAGAAGCCAGGAUUAACGAGGCCAGGGAGCACUACAGACCCGCAGCCAGCCGUGCUGCCCUGCUCUACUUCACCAUGAACGAGCUCCACACCAUCCACCCCAUGUACCAGUUCUCCCUGAAGGCGUUCCACACGGUGUUCCAGAAGGCCAUCGAGAGGGCAGCUGCUGCUGAGAGCCUGGCAGGGCGGGUGCUGAGCCUUAUGGACAGCAUCACCUUCUGCAUCUUCCAGUACACAGCCCGGGGGCUCUUUGAGAGGGACAAACUGACCUUCAGCGCCCAGCUCACCUUCCAGAUACUUCUGAUGAAUAAAGAAAUCAACCCAGCAGAACUGGAUUUCCUGCUCAGGUAUCCAGCACAGCCCGGAGUCACGAGCCCUGUGGAGUUCCUGUCUGAUCACUCCUGGGGAGGAAUCAAGGCUCUCUCAUCCAUGGAGGAAUUCAGAAACCUGGAUCGGGAUAUUGAGGGGUCAGCAAAACGAUGGAAGAAGUUUGUUGAGUCUGAGUGUCCUGAGAAAGAGAGGUUCCCCCAGGACUGGAAGAACAAGUCAGCCCUGCAGCGUCUGUGCAUCAUGAGAGCCCUGCGGCCCGACCGCGUCCCCUGCGCCAUCAGAGAUUUUGUAGAAGAAAAGCUGGGCAGCAAAUACGUGGUGGGGAGACCCCUGGAUUUUGCAACGACCUUUGAGGAAUCAGGGCCUGCAACCCCGAUGUUUUUUAUCCUGUCCCCAGGAGUGGACCCACUGAAGGAUGUGGAGAAACAUGGGAAGAAGCUGGGCUACACCUUUAACCACGGGAACCUGCACAACGUUUCCCUUGGGCAAGGCCAGGAGGUGGUGGCUGAAGGAGCCCUGGAUGUGGCUGCACAGGAGGGGCACUGGGUCAUCCUUCAGAACAUCCACCUGGUGGCCAAGUGGCUGAGCUCUCUGGAGAAGAAGCUGGAGCAGCACAGCCAGGGCAGCCACCGGGAUUUCCGUGUGUUUGUGAGCGCGGAGCCGGCGCCGUGCCCCGAGAGCCACAUCAUUCCCCAGGGCAUCCUGGAAAACUCCAUCAAAAUCACCAGCGAGGCCCCCACCGGGAUCCACGCCAACCUGCACAAGGCCCUGGACAACUUCAGCCAGGACACCCUGGAGAUGUGCAGCCAGGAGAAGGAGUUCAGGAGCAUCCUCUUCACCCUCUGCUAUUUCCACGCGGUGGUGGCAGAACGGCGCAAGUUCGGCCCCCAGGGCUGGAACCGUUCGUACCCCUUCAGCACCGGCGACCUCACCAUCUCUGUCAACGUGCUCUACAACUACCUGGAGGCCAGCUCCAAGGUCCCCUACGAUGACCUGCGCUACCUCGUGGGCGAGAUCAUGUACGGAGGUCACAUCACGGAUGACUGGGACAGGCGGCUCUGCAGAACCUACCUGGAAGAGUUUAUUAAGCCAGAAAUGAUGGAGGGAGAGCUCUGCCUCGCUCCUGGGUUUCCCCUCCCAGGGAACAUGGAUUAUAAUGGCUAUCACAAGUACAUAGACGAUGCUCUGCCUCCAGAGUCUCCCUACCUGUACGGCCUCCACCCCAACGCCGAGAUCGGGUUCCUCACGCAGCGCUCGGAGCGGCUCCUGCGCACGGUGCUGGAGCUGCAGCCUCGGGACAGCAGCACAGGACCAGGAGCAGUGGGGAGCCAGGAGGAGAUGGUGCAAGCCCUUCUGGAAGAGAUGUUGGAGAAGCUGACAGACGAGUUCAACAUGGCAGAGCUGAUGGCGAAGGUGGAGGAGAGGACGCCCUAUGCUGUGGUUGCCCUGCAGGAGUGCGAGCGCAUGAACGUCCUCACCGCCGAAAUCCGGCGCUCGCUGGCAGAGCUGGAGCUGGGGCUGAAGGGGGAACUGACCAUGACCAGCGACAUGGAGGCCUUGCAGAACUCCCUCUUCUUGGACACGGUGCCCGAAUCCUGGCUGAAGAGAUCUUACCCCUCCACGGCCAGCCUGGGCUCGUGGUUUGCUGACCUCCUGGCCCGCAUCAGCGAGCUCGAAGCCUGGACCAGGGACUUCUCCUUACCCUCCACGCUGUGGCUUGGAGGGUUCUUCAACCCCCAGUCCAUCCUGACGGCCGUCAUGCAGAGCACGGCCCGCAAGAACAAGUGGCCCCUGGACAAGAUGACAUUGCAGUGUGAUGUGACAAAGAAGAGCAGAGAGGAUUUUGCCAGUGCUCCUCGUGAAGGAGCCUAUGUCCACGGUCUGUUCAUGGAGGGAGCACGCUGGGACACUCAGGCUGGGACAAUCACGGACGCCAGGCUCAAGGAGCUCACCUCAGCCAUGCCUGUUGUGUUCAUCAAGGCCAUUCCUGACGACAAGCAGGACACCCGAGGCUUGUACCCGUGUCCUCUGUACAAAACACGCCAGAGAGGGCCAACCUAUGUGUGGACUUUUAACCUCAAAACGAAGGAAAGCCCCUCCAAGUGGGUGCUGGCUGGUGUGGCCUUGCUGCUGCAGACCUAAGGCCUGGUCUGCAAAUCCCUCUCGAUGCUUUUGCCACACAAUUUAAACAAUUAAAUGCUGAGAUUAACCCAAGUUAGGUUCCCAGGACUGUCACUGUGUCCUGGGGCUGUGACCCAGGUAGGGGCUGCGAGGAGGUGACAGAGGGGACACAGGCUGUAAAUCAAUAUCCUGUCAUUCCUACAAGGCUGCACUGGAAGAUCCCAGCCCAGAGCCUGAUAUACCACACCCAGAGAGUGCUAAACUCAAAUCUAAUCUUUAUUUCUCUUCAUCAUCCAAAGUAGUUUUAAAAUCAGUAGUUUAAAAUCAGUAGCCUUCUCCAAAACACUUGAAUAGUCCAGUGACUUGUGAAAUUCUCCAGGAUUUAUUCCUUUCCCUCAGUGAGUGUUUCUUUGUCAUGUGUGUAAUGUUGAAAGCUGGGAGGGUGAGCAGAUAUUGUGGUUAUAAGCUGUGUCUUGCUAAUACUCCUGUAAAUCUUAGAAACAUUGAAAAUGGUGUUAAUAUCCAGUGUGCUUAAUGGAAUCAAUAGUGAAGGUACAGCACAGGGGUGAUUUAAGAGGAAUAUGUCGUGAUGAUAGAUAUUUACUGAUACAAGGAAUUGUUCCUGGAGUAGUCUCUGGAAGCUGCAGGCUUACUCAGGGUGAGGAGAGCACCUGUGUGGGUCACUGGGAGUUUCAUUCCCACUGGAAUGGGAGAGCAGUGAGAAGUGAAGUGUUCCUGGUGCAGAGAGCACAGAGUGGGUGCUGUGUCACAUGUGGGAAUUCCAAACACAGAAAGCUCUCAAGGUAUUGUAAAUACAAACUCAGAUGUAGACAUGGACACAGGGUUUGACUUGAGGCCUUGCAGAAAGCUUCCAGACUUAGAAUCAUAAGAAUAUGAGUUUAAAUAGAGUUUAUUGAGUUUAAAUAGAGUUAAAUAAAUAGAGUUUAUUUAUGAGUUUAAAUCAGGUUAGGUUGUAGAAAAUUUUAAGGUUUUAAAGUUCAGAUAUAGAAGUGAUAAAGAUAAGAAGUUUAAGGUAUAACAAGUAGUUUUGUGUGUCAUUAUAUGAUUGGUUAAGAAAGUCCACACAGCAACAAAGACAUAUAAAACAAAAUAAUUAACUAUUGGUGUAAAAGUAAAAACAUUCUUUUGUGACAUUAGUUUAUUGUCUAAAUAACCUUUAAAAGACCUUGUGACCUUGUAGUCUUGUGACCACUGACUGAGAACACCUGUGAAUAAGGUGAAGAUGCACUUGCUCCUUCAUGAGACUGUAGAAGAAAAAUCAUA